AUUUUCGUUUUGUGUUUGUAAACAACGUUAUUAAUCACUGUUGGAUUUUUGCGCUAAUGAUUUCCGUGGCCGUGCCGUAUUUUGAAUUGAGUGCUUGCCACCGCGAAUUUGGCAGGACCAACGGCCCCGUGGCCACCGAUCGUUCGCCGAGAUCGUCAUUGCUAUGUGUUGUUCGUCAUCGCUGAAGCCGCGGACGACUAGAGACGCCGUGACCCGCCGAGGCAAGUUGACUGACAACGAAGACCACAGAAAAAUAUUGGAUUUUCAUGAACAGAUCGUGUUAUUAGAAUAAUAAUCAUAAAUUUGACAAGUAUUGCAUAAAUUGCAUCAUUUUAAAAUGAAUAAAAAGUAUACACAUUUUUUAUUUUGUCAAUAACUGGUGUACUAAUUGACAUGGGUGAUAGAUUAUUUAUGGCAAUGAGCCGUCGCCGCAUAUCUUGCCCAUUGGCUGUUCAACAGCUGUGGGAUGCGGUGAAAGUGAUACGUUUUCAAAGGCAGGUACCAGAUAUUGAUCGAAUUACCAAAUACAUGACUAAAGUUCAUAAUAUGUCUCCAGAGGAAGUUGGACGGCAAUUAAACUAUUGUGUACGUGAUGGUUUAUUGAUUUUGACAAAAAGAGUUGGUAAUAAAGGUUCAAAAGCAGGAGUUGAAACCGAAGGAUAUAAACUACCUGAAGAAAAAGCUGACAAAGAUAGCCAUGAUUGGUACUGUUUUCAGUGCCAUAGUGCUGGGGAUGUUAUUAGUUGUACUUCAUGUUAUCGAGUUUACCAUCUUUCUUGUAUUGAAAAAGAGGAUUUACCAGAAAAUGAUGUGAAACAUAAGUUCAUUUGUAAUAUAUGUAAAAAUUGUUUAUCUACGAAAGAAGUUUCUAAAAAAAUUAAAAAAAGUCAACUGAAUAGACUUCUGUAUCAUACUACUGGACGAUUAAGAGAAAAAAUACCUAUACCAUGGUCUGAGCGUAAAAUUGCUACUACAGCUCCUUCAACAUAUGUGUCAGAUAGACUGCAGUUUCAGAGUCAACUCAAAGGAAGCGAUUUACAUUUUAAUAUGAAGUCAGCAUUAAAAGACAAAGAUCCAUGGAGGGUAGAUCUUCUUAUUUUUAAAGUUAUAGAUCUUCAAAUGAUUGAAGACAAAGCUGAUAAUGAUGAUUAUAAAAAUGUGGAAGAGUUCCGAGCUGACAUCUUGACUUUUGUUCAUAAUAUUAUUAUUUUUCAUGGAGUUCAUAGUAGCUUAGCUGAUUAUGGCCGAUUGAUGUUAAGAGAUUGCAAUAAAGAUUUAGAAGAGAUAAUGAGGUGUCGUUAUUGUUACAAGUAUUCUAUACAAAAAAAUUCUAAAUUUUGGUUUUGUAAGCCAUGUAAACCACCUCAUGAGUUAGUGUAUGCUAAACAAGAAGAUUUUCCAUAUUGGCCAGCAAAAGUUUUAAAAAUUGAAAAUGAUGUAUAUGAAGUAAGAUUUUUCGGAGGUGAACACCAGCUUGGAUUAAUUGACAAGUCACAAAUACGGCCUAUAUCAGUGAACAUUCAUACCUUGCAGUCUCAAGGUCGUACUUCUCAGUGGAACAAGGCUUGUGAAGAAUUACGUCGACAUCAAUUACAACUGGAUAAAGUUAUAUUUGGUAUUACAGCACAAUCAUCAUCAUCAUCAUCAUCUUCGUCUUCAGAAGAUGAAGAAGAAUCUAAAGUUGAAAAUGUAUCUGUAAAAAAAUGCAAUGAAAAAAGUAAAGAUAAAGAUGAUGUAGUUUCUAUAAAAGCUGAGACAAAAUCCGAAACUGAUAAUGAAGAAUUAGAAUUAAAAGAAGAAGAAAAGGAGUGUUCAGAAGAAGAACCUGUUAAAAGAAAGCGUGGUAGACCAUCAUCUUUAGAAAAAAAAAGCAGCCCUCCAAAAAAAGUAGUGAAGAAACAUUUGUCGAUUAAAAAAACAAGUCCUGAUAUCACUGUUGAAAAAAGACCUAGAGGUAGACCUAGAAAAGUGGUUGAACCUGUAAUUGCAGAUAAAACUCCUAUUAAACCCUUAAAAACAAAAGUUAAAAGUCCAAAAGAAAAUAAUGCUCCUGAAGGAUUAAAGGCAACAAAAAAUACAUCCUCAUUGAAAAUAAAAUCUCCAGUUAAAGAAAGUGAAGUAGAUGAAAAUAUAACUUCUACAACUGAGAGGUUAAAAGAUCCUGAUGUUGUUGAAGAUGAAACAGUUAGUUCUUCAUGCCAGGAUUUAGUACGUUCUGUUAAAGUACAGACUAAACCAAUAAGCAAGAAACCACCUAAAAGUUAUAUAAACAAGAUUCGUGCUGAAAUGGAAAAUGAGAAACGUAAAGCCCUUGAACUGUUAAUUGAACAGCAUAAAGAGGAGAUAGCUUUACUGCAAGAAAACCACAAUAUUGCUUUGUCAGAAGUGAAAAAAAAACAAUGGUGUGUGAAUUGUGAAAGUGAAGCUAUCUACCAUUGUUGUUGGAAUACAGCAUAUUGUAGUCCUAAAUGCCAGUUGGUUCAUUGGAGUAGUGAGCACAAAAGACAUUGUCGUCGAAAAAGAUGAUCUUAAAAUAAUUUUGAUAGUAUUUCAGCAAAAGAAAAUAAAUUUCUUGAUGUUGAAUUUUGACUAUGUAUGUACUAUGUAUACUCAUAAUGUAUUUGUACCUUAU